AUGGCAGGUUUAGGCCUGGAGCUCUAUCUCUCUUCAGAUGCAGAAGAUGGCUUACAUACCGAAGACCCACCUUCAGCGGAGCGAUUCGUCGAGGGCCCUACAGCUACCGCGGAUCCUUCAGCCACCGGAGACCCUGCCGACGCCGCCCUUCUAGACCUACCUACCCACAUGACGUUCCCCCUACCACCCGUCAAUCGGAGAUACAAUACUGCGGAGGAAGGAAUCGACGCUAUCAACCAGUUCGCUUUUGAUCAUGGCUACGCUGUAGUCAAGCGCAGAAGCAAGAAGACCAAGGGCCAAGUGCCGAGGAUCAAAAAGGUGCAACUACAAUACGACCGCGGGGGUGUUUAUACCCCACAAAGCGAAGUUCCUAGCGAAGUUCCUGGCGAGACUUUGGUAUCACCUAGCGAACCAAGUGAGACUACGGAACCACCCACCGGCGAGGCUACUAUUACCAGCAAAAAGCCUCGUAAGCGCAAGACAACCACUUUGGCCCUUGACUGUCUAUUCGAUAUCUCUCUCCGCCUAUAA